GCGCAGCGAAAAUAAAUAUGUCACAAUUUAAAUAAACUUUUGAAUAUAGGACAUCGUCUUAUAACCACUACCCCAGUUCCAACCUAAAAACCCAUAUUAAACCGUGUGAAAGUCCCAGAGAGACACAUUUAACAUCCACAACCGAGCUCACUGCGCAGAGCAUCGGCUCCGCUUGUUGCCAUUGACAACUGCGGCUGGAACAGAGCCCAACGGGUUCACGUGACAAGGAACAACAAACGCGCGGCAGUUAGUGACCCAAACAACGUCUUCACCCUCUGGACGGAGACUGCAAAGGGUCUUUUAGUUCACAUGUGAUGUAGUGGCGCUACAGUUCUUCACACCAGCGGCCCGAUUGGAUGUAUGAUGCAAAGUAACGCCAGAAAGCCAGAUCCAGGGAGACCCCGACCCAGUGUCAGUUCUGGUGGUGAAACAAAACAACUCCGCAGAGUUCACAGCAGAAAGGUUCCUUACAGAGUUGGAUACAGCUGGAACAAAGGUGGAAGACUCAAGGAACUGAGAAUAAGGCACUUGGCGAGGAAGUUCCUGAAGAUAUGGAUACAGAAAACCUUUGGCCGAAUUCUUCCUCAUCAAGCCAAGUCCCACUGCAACAGCGUGGUGUUGAGACGAGCCUUUGAAGGAUGGAGGGACGAGUGGUGGGUGUCCAGGAGGGAGUGGAGUCUUACAAUGCGUGCAGAGUGUCACUACAGGUACACAAAGCUGUGUUGUACCUCCGUCAGCGGCUCACAGACAGUGCUUAUGUCUGCUGAUGAUGUAUUUUUGUGUUUCAGGUAUUAUCUGUAUAACUUGGCGUUUCGUAGCUGGCGAACAUUUAUGUCGCUGCAGAGGGAAAAGAAGAGCCAAGUCCAAAAAGCUCAAUCAUUUGCUGAUAGGCAACGGCUGCGUCUGUUUUUGGACAGAUGGGAGGUUUUCACAGAGAUGAGGCGAAUGAAGAGCAGAAUGCUUGAAUCUGCCCUUGAGCUGAACAGACUCACGACACUGCAUUCAGCGUGGAGCUUGUGGAAGAGCAGUCUGCAGCAGCGUCAAGAGUUUUAUACGUUAGAGGACCGAGCCCUGAAACAGAGGGCGUUAACGUUGCAGAGAAGGACCUGGCACCUGUGGAAAGAAACGCACACAGCAGCCUGUUGCCAGAAAGAGAAAGAAUCCAAAGCUGCACUUCACUUCAUCUUCAGACUGAAAAGAAAAACGUUACAUCGUUGGAAAAGUUAUGUGUCUUGUUUUCAAACCAAGAAAAAGUCACAAGCUGUGGCUCAGCGUGCGUACCAUCUCCACCUGGUGACGACGUGUUGGAGUAAAUGGAGCCACGCGCUGCAUCGCAAAUGGAGCGAGGAGGACCGUUUGCAGGCCGCAGGGCAUUUGGCCGUACAGAGCACCCAACGCAGAGCACUGGAGCGCUGGAAAGCUUAUGUGACGUUGUGCAGAGAAGAGGAUGAAAGAAACAGGAUUGCAAGUCAACAUCAUCAUCAUCAUCUGCUGCGUGCUGGAUUGCAAGGACUUUCUUGUAACAUCAUCUGGAACAAAACACACCGACUGAACAACAACAUGGCUGUGCAACAUUAUCAUCAAACUAUGACAAAUAAGUAUUGGAAGCUGUGGCAGGAGCGUCUGGAAGAGGCUGAAGACAAGAGCUUUCAACCCCUAAGAGAUAUGGCACUGACUUACCACAGCACAUCCCUGUUGAGCAGCUGUUUUCACCACUGGAGAGAGAAACUUGCUGAACAGAGACACGUGCAGGAACUGGAGCAUCGUGCAGACAUUUGGUUUGCUGAGCGCACGUUGCCUCGGUGUUUCGACUUGUGGGUCGAGUUUACGCUGCAGAGAAGACUCCAUAAACAAAGGCAACACAAGGCAGAAGUCUAUAAUCGGCAGCGUCAGUACACUUGGGUGUUUUACACCUGGUGGGGACAAUCAGAGAAGCACAAGGAGCAGAUGCUUUCUGAGCGGAUGGCAAUUCUACACGAGGAGCGGUGCCACUUGCGGGGAGCCUGGGAUCGCUGGAGGCGGCGGACAGAGCAGCAGAUCCACGAGGAGGAGAAAGAGACGGCUUCAGACCGUCUGUACCUGCAGAGACUGCUUCACAAGACGAUGGCACAGUGGAAGGACAACAGCACUGAGAUACGAGACAGGAGAAAUCGAGAGCAGCAGGCUUGUCGUCAGGGUGACCUGUGCUGCAUGAGAUGGGCUGUGGAAAAAUGGAAAAAGUUUAUUCAGAUGCAGCGAGUGAAGAAAAGCAGACUGAAGGAAAUUCAGAGUUACCAUGAAGCUAAACUUCUCAAACACACGUUUGUGGCCUGGAAGACGCACCACCUACAGAUGUGUCAGAUCUACCGUCAUGCUGAGGAACUUUACAGUCAACGAGAACAGAACUCUCUCAGGAAGGUUCUGUCUGUUUGGAGGGAGAACGCAGUGCUGCUGACAGAAGUCAGGCUCAUGGAGCAACGAGCACAGAACCACUUUCAGCAUCACCUUCAACUUAAGGUCUUCUGUGCUUGGAGAGAAACGGCAACACGUGCAGUGUCACAGCGCCACCAGCAGAGGGAAGCAGUUAGCCGGGCUCAGAGGUCCAUAAAUCAAGUUCGGCUGCUGUGGUCUUUCAGACAAUGGAGGAAGAAAACCAGGGCGGCUCGGAGAGAGAGGAUAUGCAUGGAAAAAGCCAGACGGCACCACGAGUCCAAGCUCCUUUCUAAAGCACUGAAAGCAUGGAAUGAGCAUCACUUGCAAUAUCAGAAAAAUAAGGUGAUGAAACGACAGGGAUUAUUUUUGCUGAGAUUAAAGAUGUACCAGACAUACUUUGAAGAGUGGAGAGUGAAGCUGCAGCACAGACGGAGAGAGGUGAAGCAGACGGAGCGAGCGCUCUGGCACUGGUCCCUCACUCUUCAGGCGAAGGUGCUGUAUGGGUGGAGGUUGUGGGUCACAGAGCAGCGCAGGAAACAAGAGCAUGUGGCCAGAGCUGCACAGGUCUACAGAGACCAGCUGCUGAGGGAGGGCGUGACUUGCAUCCUCACGUACGCCGCUCAUAUGAACGAUCUCACAACAAGUCUAACGCAGCACAGCCAAGAGCAGUCUACCUGUGUCCUGCAGAGAUCGCAACAUCUCCAGAGAGUGGUUAAGCGCUGUGCUAUGCGGUGGAAGCAGCGGGCGCUGUGUAAACCCCGAAGGGAGCAAGAGGUCAAAGGGCAACCAACGAAAAAGAGUGUAACCUUCAGUUUGACUACACCUGGUUUGAAGAGUGUUUCCCCGUCUCACUCAGCGGAGCAGGAGGCAGAAGAUGGAGUGCUUAGCAAGCUACUACUCAACCGUACGCCUCGACGUCAGCCCCGCCGCUGCGAGGAACUGUUUGAGUCUCCACUGAAAAUGAACACCCAUGAACAGUCGGCCGUCACCGGCGCUGAAGCACCUCCACACUCGCAGCUCAGUUGUCGCACAGUGUUAUCCUGCCUCCAUCCCACUAAAGUCCCUGUUACCUCCACACAUCAGAUCCCCGCCAUGUGUAAUGUGUCACCUUCUAAAUCUCACAUGUCCACUAUGGACUCUCCUCAGGAAACCCAAGACGUCCUUUUACCUCCCUCUGCUUUCAUGACCACUGGGACUGAAGAUAAGUUGGAGAAGACCAGCAGCUCAGGUUCUGGAGAUGCUCUACUUCUUCCUCCCGUUAAACAAUAUUCAACUUAUCCAGACGUGCGUCUUAGAGUGUCCGGUGAAGAAACUGUAAAGGAUGCAGCGGCGGAUCCAACUUCAGCUCUGACCAAAGAGCUGCUCAGCAUCCAGCUGGACAUGAAGACAUACCAACAAGACAGGAAGCAGCUCCGGGCUUCACAAAAAUUGAAAGAGGUAUUACAAAGUUGGUUGCAGACCAGCGGGAAGGACGAACAAAUGGAAAGAAGCGCUGUUUUUCAAGAGUUGAAGGAGUUGGAGGAGCGCAUCGGCGGACUUUCUACUGAACUGGCAAAAAGGAAACCAACGAUGCUGCUACAUGCGGAGAGGAUCCAGCAUUUACAGACUGUCCUCACAGAUCACUCUGUGUUUACGACACAACAGGAAAUAGUGCUCACACACUCCAAAAGUGAUAAAACCUGCUGAUCAUUUCUGCUGAACCUUUCACCAGCUGAUACAUGU